UCACCUCCACAGCUUCAUCCUCUACGCAGGAUGGAAGACUAUAUUCCUAUCUACAGGGAUGCUACGAUCUCUUACUACCACCCUGUUAUGCAGGUGUAUUUUAAUGCCCUUGACCACUAUCUUGCAGAAUACCUUAAAACCGCGCGCCCGAAUGACCGGUUAAUGGCCCGCCAGAAGCUCACGCGGCUCAGCCACCCACAAGUCUACGAGCUAUCGACCGACGUCUACGACGAACUAAUGCGGAGGGAGUAUAAGCCAGACGUCCCAUAUCUCCCUCCUGAACACGACUUCCACCCGAAACGAAACCUGGCGCGGCAAAAGCUCGCGACGUUGCUUGUCCAUCGGUUCCAGGACCUUUCUAGCGACGUCCAUUUUGAGCUUGCACGCAGAUACCCCGAUCUGCCUACACGCUCGGCGGAAGGUUCUGAGUCGUAUAUCGACACCAGCGACUCUGACUCUGUCACACUUGUUGGAUAA